UAUCACAGUUCAAAAAUAUUGCGUUGCACCCAGUUCUCGAAUUUUGUUUUCUUGAUGAGAAAAAAAAGAUGGCCACUUCCAUGAACAAAGCGUGAUUUGUGAGUUUUGCGUUUUUGAAAUUUUAUCUUGACAGCAGACAAAAUGAGUAUCGGAACGAAAUUAUUUAUGCUGUUGAUAUGGAUAGGAACUUUAUUUGGCAUUGGUAUCAUGAUAUUCAGCAGAGGCUUUUUGUUGAAUCGACUUGAAAUUCAACAGAAAAGUUAUUGCACUGGCGACAGUGAUCAUUCUGGGGAGUCAAUAGAGGGCGCUCGACAGAGCUGCGGUGAGCACAGGAGAUACUCAAAGGCGAUAAUUAUUGUUAUUGAUGCACUUAGAUAUGAUUUUACUCUUUACAAUGAGACACUUGAUAAUAAAUCAGCCCUCCCUUUCCAAAAUAAACUUCCAUUUCUGCACAAACUGCGCUCGGAAAAACCCCAACAUUCGCUGCUGUACGAAUUCAUAGCAGAUCCUCCCACCACAACAAUGCAGCGAUUAAAAGGCCUCACAACAGGGAGUCUUCCAACAUUUGUAGAUGCUGGAAGCAACUUUGCCAGUGCCGAAAUCACCGAAGACAGCUUCAUCCAUCAGUUGCACAGACUCGGAAAGAGGAUCACAUUCAUGGGUGACAACACUUGGGAAUCCCUCUUCAAGGGUCAGUUUUCUCGCUCAUUUCCCUUUCCAUCGUUCAACGUAAAGGAUCUCCACACUGUGGAUAAUGGUGUGAUAGAGCACCUGGUGCCAGAGAUGGCAGAACAGGACUGGGAUCUCAUCGUCGCUCACUUUUUGGGAGUUGAUCAUUGCGGUCAUCGAUUUGGGCCCUUCCACUCAGCCAUGGGAGAAAAACUUCUACAAAUGGAUCAAGUUCUAAGGUCAGUUGUUGAGCGAUUAGAUGAUGACACAGUGUUGUUUGUGUUGGGAGAUCAUGGAAUGACGCGUACUGGGGACCAUGGUGGUGAUAGCAGGGAAGAGGUGGCUGCCGCACUGUUUGUCUACAGUCACUCCAUUCUGCAUCAGGAGACACCUGAUAUGAAAUCUGUCCAAGUGGCUUCCCAGAUUGACCUGGUUCCUACAUUGAGUCUUCUCCUUGGAGUUCCUGUUCCAUUCUCCAAUCUUGGGAGCAUCAUUCCGGAACUUUUCACACUAACUCCCUUCUCCAACCAGCCCUCCUCGCCAGCCAUCAAAAACUGGCCAUUGCACGUCCAGUCAGUGUAUAACAAAGUCGGUGCUUUACGGACAAAUGCUCACCAGGUGAAUCAUUACUUGCAGGCUUACUCGAAAAUCUCAGAUGAGUUUCCAAGAGCUCAGUUUGCCUUACUCCAGGAUUUCUUUCAGGAUGCAGAGACAGCUGUCAAAGAGGUGCUUCAAAGUUCUGCUAAUGAUGAAAUUCGUUCCUAUGCAUUAUUGCAGAGGAGCGAACAAGUGUAUUUGCAGUAUCUAAACAGAGUCAAAGAAAUGUGUCGUAGUAUGUGGGCACGGUUUGACCUUACCCUCAUCAUCCUUGGAUUGGCUAUCGUAGUUGGAACUUGCCUGACGAGUUACGUGUUACUGACUCACAACCAAAACUUUGGUAACCGGGUCCUGCUGGAUUCAGCACUCGGAACUCUACUGAAGAUAAUAGCAGUCACAAUAAUUGCUUGUUUGUUGAUCGGUUUGAUAAUAAGCUUCACAAUUCCUGGUCUUCAAGCCCAUUCAGCCAUUUUGGUAUUGACUAUACCGGCAGUGGGCUCCCUACUAAAUGCAGUUGUGUGGAUUGCAUUUGUGUCCACAGAGAUGAAAAUCUCCUACUUGUUCAAAUUCUUGACGUACUCGAUAAAAACUGUGAUGGCAGUGAUUUUAACUUUAACAUAUGCAGCGUGUUUAACGUCAAACAGUUUUGUAAUCAAUGAGGGCUACGUGGCAGCCUUCUUGACACACAGCCUCCACUUGGUCUGUAUGUGCUCUGUAGGAUCUAUCUUCAUCCAGAGUAAAAGCAGUAAAGAGACCACGCGAAAGAAGACCAAGACUGAGAAGUCACGAGACAUAGGGCACUUCCUCACCAAUCCAGGGACAGUCUUUGCUUUACUGGUCUUCGCUUUCCACCUGUGCGUGCGAUUCAGCAGCCUGUUCUUGGCCUGCCGGGAGGAGCAGAACCCUUGUCAGCAAUCAGAGCUCCUAAGACCCUUGGGAACAUUCUCAGAUGACACAGGAAGCUACAGGAACUAUCGCUAUUUGAUGUCAGUAGCUUCUCUUGCAUUCAUCCCGGCCUCUUUGACAUUUUGGCUAAAUAAACAAGGAAACUUGAACGGAGGAGCGGCCCCGGUCUUUAGUGUCGUCUACGCUCUUCCAAUUGCAACAGUGUGCAUUUGCCUGAAUUGGGGUCUCCAAGCUCUACCACAGAAGGUGUUGGACAACCUUCCAGCAUGGCAGCAGGUUCUUAUGCCAAGACUUGCCUACGUCAUGCUCUUUGUAGCGUUCAUCACCAUCCUGUGGAAUCCAUUGUGUAUCUACUUGGUUCCAAGAGAAGAAACCAAAAAGAAAAUCCAAGUGGAUUACCCAGGUGAGGGAGAAUCUGUCGUGCCCAAGCUCUUCAACCACCUCAAGACGACGUGGAAGAGAAAUACCAGGCAAGGCAAGUUGGCAUCCGAUGACAGCCAAGACGAAAUCAGAGAAACGUCCCCACCUGUCGUGUACGGUCUUGCUACGGUAUUCUCAGCUUGUUGGCUGCUGUUGAGUGCUUCUGUAGCUCUUCUCAUAGCUCUACUUCUCGGAGAUGGUCUGGCUCCUGCUGUACUCACAAUGAUUCUACAGAUGAUCAUAUAUCUGGAGCUGUAUGCCAUAAUUCGGAGGCAGCAACUGGCUCCAUUGGAAGUUGUACCAGACCUUCAUCACCUUGGUAUGUAUCAAGUCCCUUGGUAUGCCAUCGCCACCUGGGGCUUCAUGUCCAGUCAGUUCUUCUUCGCCACCGGCCACCACGCCACCAUCUCAUCCAUCCGAUUCGACUCAGCCUUCACCGGUUUCCAUGGUGACUUCCCUCCAUAUUUAUACUUCAUUCCUGGCGCCCUGAUCACCAUCAACACAUUUGCGUCUCAGAUCGUCUUUGCUGUGGCGCUGCCUCUCUUGUUGAUCUGGCCGUUUACUCGAGGGAAGAUGAUUGAUCGUAAGAAAGAUGAGGACAGGAAAGGGGAGCUCGGUCUACAUGUCAGUAACCGAGAGCUGCGCAUUGCUUUCUUUCAAAUCAUCCUUGCGUACAUUCUGUACAAUGCUACCCAGUUGGUGGGAGCGAUGGUGUCUGCUGCCAUCCACCGUCGCCAUCUCAUGGUCUGGAAGAUCUUCGCUCCUCGUUUUGUCUUCCAGGGUGUGUCCUUCAUGGUUGUCAUGGUGAUCCUCAUCCUCUUGUACCUCCUGCUUGUCAAAAUCGACCGUGCCGUGAGCAACUGGCUUCAGGUUUUGUUCCAGGAUGUGUGACGUUAAACUUGUGGAGGUGUGGGGGACGGGAGGGUUGAGUAGUAAAUGGAAAUGAUGGCUGAACUAGUCAGCUUGGAUCAAAUACCAGUACAAGGAGCUACUAAGCAUGCAAUUCUAUUUAGCAAGAUUAUGUGCUGACCAAGUAUAAGCUGAUACAAAGAGUACACAUAUCAUGCAGUUUUGUCUGGUGACAAGUCUGUGUUUGCUUAGGUUAUUUCUGUGUUUAGUAGCUCUGUGUAAAUGACCCUCAGGUAGUGUAGAUGACAGAGAUGUACUGUUUGUCAGUUUUUAUUGUCAGUAGGUACAUGUAUCAGCCAAGCUCAGCUAGACUUAAUUAGCGGGUAAAUCUCGCCACUCCAACGUCAGUCUCUCUUAUCAGACCUGCCCACCACACCGGAGCUGAGCAGCAGAAAGUUAUGCUGAGUACAUUUGUGUGCUAAGCGAGAAUCAACUGAAUACAUGUACCAGUUGUAACCAAUAUACAUCAUGUGUCUCUGGCUGGUAACUAUUUUUGGUCAAGACGUUGUUGUGGCUGUACACCCACUAAUAGAGGGCAUGAUCAAAACGAACCACUAUCACCCACAAAUGGCUAUCACAACAAUGUCUUGGGAAUGUUGUGUCAUGUACAAGCUCCUACAUUGCAACCUGCCUAAUGUAUACAUGCAGCACGUAUUCAACACCUUGCAUACAUGUAUGAGCUCCGAACUGAACUCUGAGAUUUCAAUCAUUAGCACACAAAGCGCUUCCAGACUUCUGUGCAGCCUCAUGGCAGCUCUUUUGUCGUAUGUUGUACCAAAAUGGUCUGUAUUUCCCUGCAGAAGUACAUGUAGCUCAUGUACACUAGUUCCCCCUUUUUUUUUCAGGGGGAGAUUUUAAAAGAUUCCCUAGACGAUGUUGUGAUUGUGAUUCGUGGGUGAAAGUGAUUGGUUAUGAUAAGCCUUCUUGCGGCAGUUGAUCCAAUAUUAUACAAAUAUUGAGUGGCUCAGAGUGAAAUAGGA